AUGAGCUGGUCAGGAUUCAAGAAGACAGUCAACCGGGCAGGAACGACGCUCCUGCAGAAGACGGGUCAGAUCGAGCGCACAGUAGACAGGGACUUCGCUGAUGAGGAGACCAAGUACAAGGCGUUUGAAAAGGAAUGCCAGCAGCUACAGAAGGAAAGCAAGGGUUACCUGGACGCUAUGCGGGCCAUGACCUCAGCACAAGGGCGGCUCGCAGACACGAUCGAUGUCUUCUACGGCGCGGCGGAUAAGAGCUCGGAGGGCGCGAUGGCGGCACACGCGUACAAGCGUGGGGUGGAUGAUUUGGACACCGGCGUCGGGCGAGAGCUGGAUGCCCCAUACAGGACGACCAUCAUGGAGCCUCUUGGCAAGAUGAACGCUUACUUCCCUGUGGUCAACGAACACAUCGCGAAACGUAACAAGAAGAUGCUUGAUUACGAUUCUGCACGCAGCAGGAUGAACAAGCUCAUCAACAAACCGAGCGAAGAUCCGACCAAGCUGCCGAGGGCCCAACAGGAGCACGACGAUGCAAAGGAGGUGUUCGACAUGCUCAACGACCAGCUCAUAUCCGAGAUUCCUCAAUUGCUUGACCUCCGUGUCCCAUUCUUCGACCCGAGCUUCGAGGCCAUGAUCAGGAUGCAGUGCAAGUUCGCUGAGGAAGGCUACGAGAAGCUGAGCGGCGUCCAGAGGUACUUCGCGGACAACGUUCGAGACGACUACGCAGCAGGUCAGCUUGAUGCCCAGGUCGAGGGCGUCUUGCAGGAGAUGAGGGAGCUAACUAUUUGUGGUGCCCAAUGA